GCAUGAUCCGUUAUACUUUUCUCUCAGAGACGUUAUUUUACAACGAGGUUAAACAGAACAGCGUGUCGUGGAGCAGAACCAGCAGAAGAACGAUGAAGCUGAAUGGCUGUGCAAGGCAAGUGGCAUUCAAGACAGGACUGAUUUCAUUACCUUCCUGAGAAGAUGGCAGAGGAUAGUUUUACAACCUCUGAAAUGAGUCUCCAAGAGGAGCUUUGUGAAGGUGAAAGUAGAACUGGGAAGAGGCCAGACUCCCCUGUUACCAGCUGUGUGUCCUUGAAGACUGACAGCUCAAUACCACUUGGUCCCAACUUUAAUGAGGAAUCAGAACCACAGAAAAGUGGAAAUAGAGAAAGGCCAGACUCCCCUGUUACCAGCUGUGUGUCCUUGAAGACUGACAGCUCAAUACCACUUGGUCCCAACUUUAAUGAGGAAUCAGAACCACAGAAAAGUGGAAAUAGAGAGAGGCCAGACUCCCCUGUUACCAGCUGUGUGUCCUUGAAGAGUGACGGCUCAAUACCAGUUGGUCCCAACUUUAAUGAGGAAUCAGAACCACAGAAAAGUGGAAAUAGAGAGAGGCCAGACUCCCCUGUUACCAGCUGUGUGUCCUUGAAGACUGACAGCUCAAUACCAGUUGGUCCCAACUUUAAUGAGGAAUCAGAACCACAGAAAAGUGGAACUGGGAAGAGACCAGUCUCCCCAUUUACCAGCUGUGUGUCCUUGAAGAGUGACAGCUCAAUCCCAGUUGGUCCCAACUUUAAAGAGGAAUCAGAGCCUCAGGAAAGGAACUCCAGAAAGACCACAGGUUCAUCUGUUUCCAGACAAAAGCCCCCGCAACAGAACCAGAGACGCAAUUCUAUUGCUCGGCAAAGACAGAAUUCAGAAUCUGUCUCUUCAGGAGAAACACAAACUGAGGAAAGGAACUCUAGAAAGAACACAGGCUCAUCCAUUCCCAGGCAAAAAACCCCGCAGCUGAAACAGAGAUGCAAUUCUGUUGCUUUCCAAAGACAAGAUUCAGAAUCUGUCUUUUCAGAAGAAACAACCACUGAGGAAAGAUUCUCAGAUGAAAAGCCUCAAAAGAAGCAUAAAGAUUUCUUCAACAUCUUUAACGAUCUUGAGAACAAAAUGGUCGUCUUUGUAAAACACGAGUUGGAAAUGUAUAGGAAACUUUUGAGAAAAGAAAACACAAAUUAUUACAGAAAAAUCAAGCAAACAAAAUGGGAUUUGAAACAAGCCUUUCUUAAUAUGACCCUGUCCUUCCUGAAGAAGAUGAAACAUGAUGAUGUUGCUGCUACUCUGCAAAAUGAGCUGAUUGGAAUUAUACAGCGCCCACUUAAAGAAGGAAUGAAAAAGAAGUAUCAUCAUGUUUGCGAAGGAAUUGCAAAACAAGGAGAGUCUGCCAGUCUAAAUUCCAUCUACACAGAUCUGUACAUCACUGAAGGUGAUUCAGGACAUGUCAACAAAGAACAUGAAGUGAGACGUAUUGAGAAAAAUCAGAUGCAGCAAGAUGUACAAAUCAAAUGCAGGACCAUGUUUGAAUGUUUAACUGAACAAGACAGACCCAUCAGGACUGUGCUGACACAGGGAGUUGCAGGUGUAGGAAAAUCAGUCUGUGUGCAGAAGUUCAUUUUGGACUGGGCUGAAGGUGAAGAACAUGAGGACAUCCAGUUCAUAUUUCCACUUCCUUUCCGGGAACUGAAUUUAAAGAAAGGACAUCACAGUUUGAUGGACAUCAUCAGUUUUUUCUUCCCAGAGACAAAAGGCCUGAUAUUAACAGACCAGAACAAAGUCAUGUUCAUCCUUGAUGGACUGGAUGAAUGUAAACUUCCAUUGUCAUUUCAGGAAAACGAAAUUUUGCAUAAUGUCUGUAAACAAGCCUCACUGGAUGUUGUGCUGACAAACCUCAUCAAGGGAAAUCUGCUCCCCUCAGCUCUGAUCUGGAUAACAACAAGACCAGCUGCAGCCAGUAAGAUCCCUGCAGAGUGUGUUGACCGAGUGUCAGAGGUCCGCGGCUUCAAUGAUCAGCAGAAGGAGGAGUACUUCAGAAAGAGAAUCAGUGAUCAGGUUAUGGCCAACAAAAUAGUUGAACACAUUAAACAGUCAAGAAGCCUCUUCAUUAUGUGUCAUAUCCCAGUCUUCUGUUGGAUCUCUGCCACUGUGCUUCAGAAAAUUCUGGAAGAAACAGAGAGUGAGGAAACCCCAAAGACCCUGACGAACAUGUACACAUGCUUUCUGAUCUUUCAGGCUGUACAGGGAAAUGUCAAGUACAGUGGAAAAAAUGCCUUUGACAUCCCCUGGGAUAAAGAGGCCAUUCUGGCACUGGGAAAGUUGGCCUUUCAGCAGUUGGAAGAAAACAAUCUGAUCUUCUAUGCAGGGCAUUUAGAAGCAUGUGGAAUUGACCCCAGUAAGAUAUCAGUGUACUCAGGACUGUGCACUCAGGAGACUGGCAGAUUUCUUGGUACGGUUUUCAGCUUUGUUCAUCUGAGCAUUCAGGAGUUCCUCGCUGCUGUAUUUGCAUACAUUAGCGCCAGAAACGAGCACAGAAACGUUUGUGACCCAUCACAGGAGAGCAAAACAACAGAGCUCAUUGAUUUUCUCAAGACUGCAGUAGACAAGGCUUUGGAGAGUGACCAUGGCCACCUGGACCUCUUCCUUCGCUUCCUUCUGGGUCUCUCACUGGAGUCUAAUGAGAAGCUCAUCCGAGGUCUGUUGACUCAGACAGGAAGUAGUUCUGACUGCAAGGAGGAAAUAGUCGAGUACAUCAAGUUAAAGUUCAAGGAAAAUCCCUCUCCAGAGAGAUCCAUCAAUCUGUUCUACUGUCUGAACGAGUUAAACGAUGAUUCUCUGGUGAAAGAGAUCCAGAGUUACAUGAGUUCAGGACGUCUCUCUGAAGCUGAACUCUCACCUGCCCAGUGGUCAGCUCUGGUCUUUGUGCUGCUGACAUCUAAAGAGAAGCUGGAUGAGUUUGAUCUGAAGAAAUUUAUCAGAUCUGAGGAGUGUCUUAACAGACUGUUACCAGUGGUUAAAGAAGCCAAAAGUGCUUUGCUCAGUGAAUGUAACCUGACAGAGAGAAGCUGUUCUUCUCUGCUACAAGUUCUCAGUUCAGAAUGUUCAACACUGACUCUGCUGGAUCUGAGCAACAAUCCUAUACUGGACUGUGGAGUAGAGCUUCUCUCUGAAGGACUAAAGAGUUCAAACUGUAAACUGGAGACACUGAAGCUAAGUGACUGUAAUUUCUCAGAGAAAAGCUGUUCAGUUCUGCUUAACGUUCUCAACUCAGAAUUCACUAAUCUGACUACUCUGGAUCUGAGCAAUAAUUCUAUACAGGACUGUGGAGUAGAGUUUCUCUCUGAAGGACUGAAAAGUUCAAACUGUAAACUGGAGAAACUGAGUCUUUCGUUCUGCAGCAUAACAGGCAAAGCAUAUGAAUCUUUGUAUUCAGCUCUGAAAUCAAACUCCUCUUCACCGCUGACAGAGCUGGAUCUCAGAGGGAACGAUCCAGGAGAUUCAGGGGUGAAGAGGCUCACUGAUUUACUAGAGGAUCCAAAGUGGAAACUGAACAAACUGAGGCUGUUGAAAAAACCUGCUGCAGAGGAAGCCUUUGAUGCUUUGUCUAAAACUCUUGGGACAAAUCCCUUACUGCAGACAGAACUGGAUCUGAGCGGAAAAAUACAUGGAGAUUCAGAAAUAGAGAAGCUCUCCCUUCUACUGGAGGAUUUACACUGCAGGACUGAGAAACUCAAUCUGAUUAACAGGAGUAUUACAGAGAAAGGUUGUUCUUCUCUAUCAGAAGCUCUUUGUUCUAAUCCUUCUCACCUGAUUGAGCUGGAUCUGAGUGAGAAUAAUCUAGGAGACUCUGGAGUGGAGCACCUUUGUGCACUAAUGACCAAUGAACAUUGUAAUCUGGAGAUACUGAGACUUUCAGACUGUUCUAUAACAGAGGAAGGAUAUAGUGCUCUGGCUUUAGCUUUGAAAUCAAACCCUUCAUCACACCUAAAGGAGUUGGAUCUCAGUGGGAACAAUCCUGGGAGUAAUGGAGUAAAGCUGAUCACUGAUGUACAAAAGGAACCAAAUAGUAAACUGAAGAAACUAAGACUGUUGAAAAGCUCUGUUGCAGAGAAUUUCUGUGCUUUUCUGAGUAAAGUUCUAGGAACAAACCCUUUACUGCUGACAGAACUGAAUCUGAGUGGGACAAUAAAAGGAGACUCAGCAGUGAAGCAGCUCUCUGAGCUACUGAAAGAUUUACACUGCAGAACUAAGAAACUUAAGUUGAAUCGCAGUGUUGUUGGAGAGGAAGGCUGUGCUGCUCUUUCAUCAGCCCUGAGUUCUAAUCCUUCACAUUUGUUAGAUCUGGAUCUGAGUGGGAAUAAACUGAGAGCAGGAGUGAAGCAGUUUAGUGUUCUGUUGAAGAAUCCUCAAUGUCAACUACAGAAACUUAAUCUUUCAGACUGUGGUGUAACAGGGGAAGGAUAUAGUGCUCUGACUUCAGCUCUAAAGUUAAACUCAUUAUCACACCUGACAGAGCUAGAUCUUAGAGGGAAUGAUCCUGGAGACACAGGAGUGAAGGAUCUUUAUAAUUUGCUGGAGGAUCCAAGGCAUAAAUUAAAGACUCUAAGGUUGCUAAAAAGCUCUGCUGUAAGAGAAGCGUAUGCUUAUUUGGCUGAAAUCCUAGGAACAAAUCCCUUACUGCUGACAGAACUGGAUCUGAGUGGGAAAAUACGAGGAGACUCAGGAGUGAUAAAGAUCUCUUUUCUACUGCAGGAUUUACACUGCAGAACUAAGAUACUCAAGCUGAAAAACAGUGAUAUUACAGAGGAAGGCUGUGCUGCUCUGUCAUCAGCUCUUUGUUCAAACCCUUCACACCUGAAAGAGCUGCACCUGAGUCAGAAUAAACUAGAAAACCCUGGAGUUAAUCAUCUAAUUGAUCUACUGUGCAAUCCAUACUGUAACCUGCAAAUUCUGAGUGUCAGUGAUAAUAACAUCACAGAGAAAGGAUAUGCUGCUCUGGCUUCAGCUCUGAAAUCAAACCCUUCAUCACACCUAGUAGAGCUGGAUCUCAGAGGGAAUGAUCCUGGAGACACAGGAGUGAAACUGAUCACUGAAUUACAGAAGGAACCAAACUGUAAACUGAAGACACUAAGAUUGUUGAAAGAUCCUGUUGGAGAGGAAAUCUGCACUUCUCUGACUGAAGCUCUAGGAAUAAAUCCUUUAGGGCUGACCGAGCUGGAUUUGAGUGGAAAAAUACAUUCAGACACAGAAAUGAAGAAGCUUUCUGCAAUGCUGGUUGAUGUACACUGCAGAACUAAGAUACUAAAACUCAAUAACAACAGGAUUACAGAGAAAGGCUGGGUUGAUCUAUUUUCAGCUCUUUGUUCAAAUCCUUCACACCUGAUAGAGCUGGAUCUGAGUGGGAAUAAACUGGGAAAAUCAGGGAUGCAGAAGCUUUGUAAACUCCUGAAGAACGAUCAGUCCAAGCUUUUAAAUCUGCAGUUGUGUGACUGCAAUAUUACAGAAAUUAGUGCUUGUUUGACUUCAGCUCUGAAAUCAAACCCCUCACAUCUGAAGGAGCUCGGACUAAGUAAGAAUAAAGUGGGAAACUCUGGGGUGAUGCAGCUCAUUGAUUUACUACAGAGCUCAAACUGCUUUCUAGAAAAAAUAAAUCUCAGUUUUUGCAACAUCUCUGAAGAAGGCUAUGAAGCUCUGGCUUCAGCUAUGAAAUCAAUCUCUCAACGUAUGGAGCUGGAUCUCAGAGGGAAUGACCCUGGAGACACAGGAGUGGAGCUUCUUACUGAUCUACUACAGGAUCAAAACUGCACCUUGAAGACACUGAGACUAUUGAGUGAUUCUGCAGAAAAGGCCUGUGCUUUUCUAAAGACAGAGACAAACCCUUUACUGCUGAAAGAGCUGGACCUGAGUGGGAAAAUACAAGGAGACUCAGAAAUUAAGCAGAUCUCUGAUUUACUGAUGGAUCCACACUGCAGAAUUAAGAAACUGAAGCUGAACAGCAGCAGUAUUACAGGUGAAGGCUGUGCUGCUCUAUCAUCAGCUCUUAAAUCUAAUCCUUCACACCUGAAGCAGCUGGAUCUGAGUGGGAAUGAACUAGGAAAUGAUGGAGUGACUCAGAUAUCUCACUUACUGAAGAUGCAAAACUGCAAACUUGCACAAAUAAAUCUCUCUGAUUGUAGUGUAAAAGAGGAAGGAUAUGCUGCUCUAGCUUCAGCUCUAAAAUCAAAACCUUCAUCACACCUGAUAGAGUUGGAUCUCAGAGGAAAUUAUCCUGGAGACACAGGAGUGAAGAAUCUAACAAAGUUUCCAAACUGUAAACUAAAGCUAUUGAAGACUGCUGCUGCAGAGGAAGCCUAUACUUCUCUUUCUUCAGCUCUAGGAAAGGAUGUCUUACUGCAGACAGAGCUGAACCUGAGCAGGAAUCCAGCAGGACUUUCAGGAGAUUCCAGAGUUAAACGACUGUGUGAUUUACUGCAGGAUACACACUGCAAACUGAAGAAACUACAGAUCAACAAUGAUGAUCUAACAGAGAAAAGCUGUUCAGCUUUAGCCACAGUUCUAACUUCAUCCAGUCUGAGAGAACUGGACCUGAGUAACAAUAACCUGCAGGAUUCCGGAGUGGACUUCCUCUGCAGUGCACUGAAGAAUCAUCACUGUAAACUAGAGACUCUAAGCCUUUCAUUUUGCAGUGUAACAGAGAGAGGAUAUGCAGCUCUAGCAAAAGCUCUGCAAUCAAACUCCUCAUUACACCUACAGUUGGAUCUCAGAGGGAACGAUCCUGGAGAUACAGGAGUGAGGGAGAUCACCCACUGUAACCUGAAAACACUAAGACUAUUGAAAAGUGAAGCUGCAGAACAGGCCUUCAGGCGUAUUGAAAAACAACUGAAAAUAAACCCUUUACUGGAGAGGGAGCUGGACCUGAGCAAGAAGAAACCUAAAUAUAAUGUCAUGCAGCUCUCUGAGCUAUUGGAAGAUCCACACUGCAGACUGCAGAAACUUAGGAUAUAUAAAUCUGAGGGGGUGUUUAAUGCUGGUAUGACAGAGCAAGACUGUGCUACUUUGGUUUCUGCUUUGAUUAAAAACCCCUCACACUUGAGAGAGCUGGAUCUGAAUGGGAAUAAACUACAUCAGUCAGCACUGCGAAAGCUCUGUGAUCUACUGAAGAAUCCUCUCUGUAGACUGGAGAAACUGAAGCUUAAGAACUGCAGUAUAGAAGAGGAAGGCUGUGCUGCUCUGGUUUUAGCACUACCUUCAAACCACUCACAACUGAAAGAGCUGGAUCUAUCUGGAAAUCCACUGGGAAAGUCUGUGGAAAAGCUUGCUGAACUGCUAAAGGAGUCAGGAUGUGUGCUCAGAGUGGAUCAAGCCAUACGAAACAAACUUGUUGUUUCAUCAUGUAUCUAAUGUUGGAGCAACAAAGAGAAUAAGAAACUUCAACAUGUUGAACAGGACAUUGGUCAAAAUGCAGAGGGACUUGCUGAAGUUAAUCAGAAUUAACAGAAACAGGAACAGAGUGCAUUUGUUGAUGGGAAGGGAAUCAGAAUGACAAACCCAAGAUUUCAGACCCAGGUUCAAAGAUCCUUAGAUAUCACCUGGCUCCCACUGAAGAGUGCCUUUAACUUUAAAGGCAACAACUGGAUAUUCAGGGAGCCAAUGUGUAACGUUCUAAUGGGCUUUUCUCUCUUUUUUUAAACUCUGUUUAUGUGGGUUUUUAAUGCACAAACUUACAUUUCUUCCAGUGCAAUCAGAAUGUAUAUUAAAUAUAUUUGUAUUUUCCAAGGGUACAAUAUUACCCUUCUCAUGAGUUGUAUUCUGUUCAACAAAAGCUUUAUCUGGCAGCAGAUUGUUAUCAAAUCUCCAUGUCUUAAGUACAUGUUUUUUGGCCAGUGACAACUGCAAGACCACUGGGCUAUGGUCUGAACAAUUGCUUCGUAAUCACAAUAUUUAACUUCUGACUGAUUAAACCUCCAGGGGUCUACUACUUUGUUUGUGCAUAAACCAGAUUUUGAAGUGUGAUAAUCCAGCAAAUCAAACUGUUAUCCAAUAACACCAUGAAAUCCUUGAAGAACACAUUCCACACUGUUAGUAAGUAUCAAGUGGUAUUAUUGCAUUAUUUUAGGAUGGAUGGAAAAGAACACCGACACUUUAGCUCAGAUUUGAGCAUUUGUUUCUCCUGCCUGUAUUAAAAUGCACACAGGACAGACAGUCUUCAGUUAUCUGGCAUGCUCUUGCUCUCUGUCAGCUCCCCAUUUCCUUAAGAUGGCAUUUUUUUGGAGAGCUGGACUUUUAUGAAUUAUGUUUUAUGUUUACAAUUAUGUAUAACAAUAUAGCUCCCUUUAGCGCAACAUACCUGUAUUAAAAUGCACACAGGACAGACAGGCUUCAGUUAGCUCACAUGGUCUUGCUCUCUGGUUACGAGGCUGGCACAUUACACAAACACACAGAAAACUUACACUACUUCUUUUAAAUAAACACAUACAUUAUUUUGUCAUAUUAAGCAAAAUAAGAAUUUAAAAGAGCAAAAAAAACUGUAGUGACUGGUUAGCAUCUGGAUUUUCAUUUCUUAUUUAGCAUUCCAACUUAAAAAUUCCACCUUAACACAGUUCGCACUAAACCAGAGAGUAAAACAGCCCUAAAUACAAAUAAAACCGUGUUUUACUGGAAAUAAACAACAUCAACAUGUCACUAAAUAAUGAUUUGAUUGAAUUAACCACUUGUGUGUCGAAAUUAGAAUAUAUAUUGCAGUAUAUGCGCACAACAUUACAGAGCAGCACCAUCACAUACCUACUCUUAAUCCUCUGUGUCAUGGUGUUGCCCUCAGGCAACAAACCACUUUUUUGAUUAUUACACCAUCUUUUUAAUUUUUAUAAUGUUCUUUUUUGUCACAAAAUGUCUCAAAACAUAACAUUUAUUCAUUUUUUGUUUACUUACUAAAACAGUAGCUUCAGGGCACCAUUAUGCAGAUACAUCUACACAUUGUUCAGAAUAAUGCUAAUCUGUGCCAUUAAGGGUCCUUUGUCUUUUACAGAGAGAGGACGAGAUUUGGGAAGGCAGCUUACUUUUUCCUUCACUCAGAAAGGAGCUGCAGAGACUCUUCCCAUAUUUACCGGUUAUAUUAAUCCAUAUAAAUAAUUUUUUGUAGAUUAUUGGACCAA